CGUCGACGCUGCCCUCCCCACUGUGCGAGGUCGACAGUGUAGACACACAUUGCUACCUGUGGAGAGACGUGUACUCUUAGCUGACCCUGAACCACCUCGACAGCAGCUCGUCCGCCCUCAGACACACCGCCCACCAUGGCCACCCUCAACACGUCCAGCAACGGGUCCAACAUCACUCGUAGCUACCAGAACGUCAUCAACACGCCGCCGCCCUCUGGCCCCCAGGCGAGCUCUCCCACAUAUGGCCAGUGGGCCGUGUUUUCAGUCGCUGCCCCACUAGUCAGUGCCUUCCAGCAAGACGGUGGGAAGGAGAGCGUCCUGAAGGUGCAGAGCACGGGAGAGGGCGAACUCGCCGACCUCGUAGACGAAUUCUCCGACGGCCGCAUCCAAUUUGCGUUUGUCAAGGUCAAGGACCCGAACUCUUCGCUGCCCAAGAACGUCCUGAUUGCAUGGUGCGGCGAGGGCGUGCCUGAGCGGACCAAGGGCUACUUUGGCAGCCACCUGGGCGUCGUGUCCAAGCUCCUCCACGGCUACCACGUCCAGGUCACCGCCCGCUCCGACGCAGACCUCACUCCCGAAAGGAUCGUACAAAAGGUCGGCGAUGCCUCGGGCGCAAAGUACUCGGGCGGGGCUGACGUCCCCGCGUCACGCCCCCCUCCCGUGGCAGCGAAGAAGCCCGUCUUCACCCCGACACGAGUGGGAGGCGGAGGCUCCGGCUUCAACCCACUCGGCAGCUCGAGGGCACCGGCGCCCCGGGGCAACGAGGACGCCGACGGCUGGGGUGCUGACGCCCCGCAAGUCAACAGGUCGCAGUUGGAGAACGUAUCCUCUUCAUACAAGCCCACCAAGGUCAACAUGGCCGAGCUCACCGCAAACAAAGACGAGUCGACUCGCUCCCAGCCCUCUCAAUCGCAGAGCGAUCGCCCCGAAGUCGUCAGGGGUGCCUACCAGCCAGUUGGAAAGGUGGACAUUGCUGCUAUCCGAGCUCAAGCCCGGAGCGCUGGCAACGACGACCGGCCUUCUGUGAUCAAGGGCGCAUACGAGCCUGUUGGAAAGGUCGAUAUUGCAGCCAUCCGGGCCAAGGCCCAAGGCGCACCUCCGUCUUCCGGCCUGUCGCCAGCGGCAACGGGCACGUCCAACAACGACGAAGAGGAGCAGCCCAAGUCGCUGGCAGAGAGAUCAUCGGCCUUCAGUCAGCAGCCCGAACGGCUCACCAGCAUGCCGAAGCCCAAGGUUGCCAACAAAUUCGCUGGUAGCAGCGCCUUCACCGGAACCAAGGCUCCGACUCCUGGAGGAUUUGGGGCCAAGCCACUCGCUCCUGCCCCAAUCAUUGGCGCUGCGAGCAAGACGUUUGCGGAUGAGGGAGGCAAGACGCCUGCUCAAAUUUGGGCUGAGAAGAAGGCGGCUCAAGGCGGCGCUGUCAAGUCGCCCGCUGAUGGUUCAGGGCCUACGUCUCCCAUGCAAGCCCAGAAGAGCGGAGCGGGUGGCUGGCAGAGCGGCUACGCAGGAAAAUCCUGGGCACCUGUCAAAACCACCCGAACCGGCCAGUCUGUGGCUAGCAACAACAGCGAGCCACGAACGGGUGAAGAGCCUGCCCAGGAGGAGCCAGCCUCGCCAGCGGCUGGUGGCAUUGGUGCACUGAAGGAUCGAUUCACAGGUGCUGCACCCAUGGGAGCUCCCGCUUCCCGUCCGGUGCCCGAACCCCAAGCCCCGAGCCCACCACCCCUCGAUAACUCCAGCAAGCCAAACGCAGGCGUACGAGGUGGCGUCCCGAUGCCCGGCCUACCCAGUCGGCCCAAACAGCCAGACUCAGAUGACGAGGAUAACGUGCCAGCAGUGCAGCACCAGCGAAUUCCCUCGCCACCGCGUCAACAACGCAGCCCAUCUCCUGAGCCUUCUGAGUCUCCCGUCCGCAUUGCUAUGCCCGUUUCCCGCGGUAAGGCACCCGAAGAGCUCUCUCCUGCUGAGGACAGAGCGCCGCCCAUGCCUAAUCGUUCCUUGGACCAGGCAGCUCAGCAUGCGCGUGAUGUCUCACCUGAGCCACAAGUCGAGGCAAAGGACCCAGCUCGCAGUGCUGGUGCCGCUGUAGCAGCUGCCACUUUUGGCGCUGCCGCAGUUACCGGAGCAGCCGUUGGUGCCGCUGCUGGAUCCGGACAAGAGGAAACUGGCUCUGGCAAGCGUGCAGUCAUCCAGUACGACUAUGAGAAGGCUGAGGAUAACGAAGUCGAACUGCGUGAGGGUGACUAUGUCACCGACAUUGAUAUGGUUGAUGAGGAUUGGUGGAUGGGCACGAACUCCCAAGGCGAUCGUGGUCUUUUCCCGGCCAACUAUGUUGAGCUGGUUGAGGGCAACGAUGACGAGGGUGCUGCUGCCGCUCCCCCGCCACCAACGCAUCCCUCUGCUGCAGAGCCCGAACCCGUCGCGGCCCCGCCGAUGCCAUCGCGCGGCGCUGGCCCUACCGCCACUGCCAUCUACGAAUACGAUGCUGCUGAAGACAACGAACUGAGCUUUCCUGAGGGUGCUACCAUCACGGGAGUCGAAUUCCCUGAUGAGGACUGGUGGCUCGGAAAUUUCAACGGUCAAUCGGGUCUCUUCCCUGCCAACUACGUGCAGCUGGACGAGUAGAAAAAUGUGAUCAUUAGCGGAGCUUCGGUAUCGUUGUGAGCAUAAAGAGCGGG